AAUAAGUAUUUGUUACGUAUUCGGACCUGAAAAUGUCCGAGAAAACAAAUUUUUGCACAACAAUUAAAAUUGAACCAUUCGAAUAUGAAGAAUUCGAUGACUACAAAAGUGUGUCAGAGAAUGAAGAUAUAUUUCUACAGCGAUUUCUAAAAUCUGAGGUUACAAUAUGCGAAGAAAUAAAGCAAGAAACGAUUGAAUAUCAACAUACAGAAAUACCUUAUAUAUUUAAUGAAGAGAAAAUUUCACAAGAACAUCAAACAACCGAUAAUACGAAACAACCACAUAAAUAUGAAAUAUGCAAUAAAACAUUUGCAACAAAAUACAUAAUAAACAGACAUAAAAGAAGUCAUAAUAAAAAGCGCCCAUAUAAAUGUAGAGCAUGCAAUAAAACUUUCAUAACCAAACAGUCAUUAAAACAACAUGAAAUUGUCCAUAUCAAAGUACGACCUCAUAAAUGUGAGACAUGCGAUAAAACAUUUAAAACAAAAUAUAUACUAAAACAACAUGCAAUGAUCCAUACUAGACUACACUUUUAUAAGUGUGAGUUAUGCAAUAAAACAUUUGCAUCAAAAUACACAUUAAAUGUGCAUGCAAUGAUUCAUAAUGGAGAGAGACCUUAUAAAUGUGAGAUAUGCAACAGGACUUAUUCAACUAAACAUUUAUUGAAACAACAUGAAAUGAUCCAUAUCAAAGUGCGACCUUAUAAUUGUGAGGCAUGUGGUAAAACAUUCAAAUCAAAAUAUAUAUUAAAACAACAUAAAAUGAUUCAUAUCGAAGAACACCCUAAUAAGUGUGAGAUAUGCAAUAAAACAUUUACAACAAAAUACAUAUUAAAGCGACAUACAUUAAUUCAUACUUCAGAAUGACCUAAUAAAAUAUUCAUAACAAUUUCUAAAGGAACAUCAAUAGAUUUAUGCUGCCGAAUGAGAUUUGUUCACACAAGUUCUACACAAAUGUGCUUGUAUAUUUACAAUGGAGAAAGAAAUAUAAUGUAAGCAAAGUGACGACAAAAAUGUAAUGCAUACAUUUAUUUAAUUUAUUGAUUCUUGAUUUCACUGACGAACCUGUCAGUAAACCAUAUGUAAGUAUGUG